UCUUUCCCAGCUUCCCCCUGUGCUGCAGGCUGGGAAUGGUACGGUCCUCGCUGCAGCGCCUGCUCCCUGGAUGUUCUAGAAGGUGAAGGCAUCGGUGGAAGCUGCAGCGGUCGCAACCGGCCCUGAAACACCCUGGGAAGGGGGAUAAAAGGGGAUCCGGACGAGCUCAGCUACGGCGUCUCCCUCCUGGUGCUGCAGACGGGGUCUGGCAGCAUCCUCAGCAGCGAGCCAUGACCCAGGGGAAGCUCUCCGUGAACAACAAACCCCCCAACUCCGAGGGGCGAGGGGAGAAGAAGGACAAUGCCACAGCUCCGCCAGCUCCUCCGACCUAUGAGGAGGCGACAGCAGGAGAAGGGAUGAAGUCCGGCGCUUACCCUCCUCCCCCAUCGGUCCCACUCCACCCCAGUUGGGCUUACGUCGACCCCAGCACCAGCCCAAGCUACGGCAGCAGCGGGUACCCAGGGGACACAGAGAUGCUCACGACCUUCAGCUGGGAUGACAGGAACGUGCGCAGAGUGUUCAUCAGGAAGGUUUACGCCAUCCUGAUGGUCCAGCUCUUGGUCACUGUUGUUAUUGUGGCUUUCUUCACCUUCUGCGAGCCGGUCAAGGGGUACAUUCAGACCCACUCUGCCUGGUACUGGGCUUCCUAUGCUGUUUUCUUUGUCACCUACUUGAUUCUCGCUUGCUGCUCCGGACCCAGGAGGUAUUUCCCAUGGAAUCUGAUGCUGCUGAGCAUCUUUACGCUCUCCAUGGCUUAUCUCACCGGGAUGCUCUCCAGUUACUACAACACCAAAUCGGUCCUUCUGUGUCUGGGGAUCACAGCCCUGGUGUGUCUGUCUGUCACAAUCUUCAGCUUCCAGAGCAAGUUUGACUUCACCUCCUACCAGGGCGUCCUCUUCGUGAUGCUCAUGGUGCUCUUCUUCGGUGGCAUCAUCCUGGCUGUGAUAUUGCCCUACCAAUACGUCCCUUGGCUCCACGCGAUCUACGCUCUGCUCGGUGCCAUUAUCUUUACCAUGUUCCUGGCAUUCGAUACCCAGAUGUUGAUGGGGAACCGCCGGUACUCGCUGAGCCCAGAGGAAUACAUCUUCGGAGCCCUCAAUAUCUAUCUGGACAUCAUCUACAUCUUCUCCUUCUUCCUCCAGUUCUUCGGCUCCAGCCAGGAGUGAGCGUAGUGAGGUGAUACCUUUGCUGCCGAGAUGCGAGUAUUGAGGAAAAAAAUACUGAGAGAGGAAAAGAAGAUUAAACAAACCCAAACCCACCUUUUUCUGGCCCACUAGCAGGCUCCUUUCAAUCAGCUGAGCAACGCCCCUGGGUUCCUUACGCAGCUUGUAGAUACGCUGUCCGGCCUUUGUGACCCAGAAAGCGAAGCAGGGCUUUAGUGUUGUCUCUUGUGCUCCCUCCGCUCCUAUCGAGAUCAAACCAGACCAGAGACUGGGAGGCACGAGACCGAGUUCUUCUUUUCCCCCCCUCCGGAGGCUGUCAGAUUUGCCUGAAUUCUGCACAUCACGAGAUGCUGGGAACAGCUCUGCAAAGGGAAAACCAACAUCAAGGGCGGGAGAAUAGGGAAUUUUUACUAGGAUGCUUGGCAGGAAAACCGGCUGAACACACGGAAAAAGCUAUAUAGGCAAAUCCUUGCUUCUCCCUGGUCUCUCUCGUAUUCCUGUGAAGCUUUGUGGCCUCUGCAGAGAUAUAUUCCCCAUAGUGCCGGCUUUUAGAAGCGCAGAGCGUGGGAUCGUGUAGGCUGAUGUCCCAGCAACGUCCCAGUCUUCCAGGCACGAGAGAACCCGUUGUUCAGGACACGCAGCCUGUUUGAGGACUUCUCUAAUGCCCCUGCAGGAAGAAUUCUUCUGUAUCCUUUGUAUCUGGCCGUGGGGCUGUGUGUGCGCUUUCCUUCCUUCCCAGAGUGGGAUAGAAGGACCACCAGGCGUUGGCUCCCCUCCCCAAAGGGACGUGCGUGUCUUCUCUAUGAAUUAUGGCUCUUCAGGUGGGAGGGUUGCGAUGCUGUGUAAGGUUUAUUGGCAGAGAAGAGCUAAAAGAGGCUGACUUUGAGAGCCUGUGCCAAGCCAGACGCUUCCUGGUGUAGCGAAUGCGUGGUUGAGAUCCUCUAACCCAUCGUAAGGAUCUGAUGCCUUCACAAAAUCGUAGAAUCAUGGAAUGGUUUGGGUUGGAAGGGACCUUAAAGCCCAUCCAGUUCCAACUCCUGCCAUGGGUAGGGACAUCUCCCACUGGAUCAGGGGCUCCGAGCCCCAUCCAACCUGACUUUGAACACCUCCAGGGAUGAGGCAGCCACCACUUCCCUGGGCAACCUGGGCCAGGGUCUUCCCACCUUCAUGGUGAAGAAAUUCCUCCUUACGCCCAGUCUAAAUCUGCCCCUCUCCAGUUUACACCGAUUGCCUCUCAUCCCAUCACCCCAACCCUUUGUAAACAGCCCCUCUCCAGCUUUCUCGUAGCCCCUUCAGGGUACUGGAAGGUCACAAUCGUCUUGGUUGCUCGAGAUCAAUGAUCCAAAGUGGUUACUGGGACCGGGGUGACUUCCUGUUGCUCAGAAUCCGCUCUGCUUUGUAGCAGACCCCAACGUCCCCUCUUGCUUUGGCCAUUUUGCUCUCCCAAACGGGGAUGUCAACGUGGGCGCCGGAUGCCUCUGAGCGCUUGGGUAACUUUCCAUCUUUCCCCCCGUUGUUGGCUUUCGGCUGUCGGAGGAUUAGUUGGCUAAUUUCUAACUGCAGAGCUCCAGGUGGAGAUAAGAAGCCUUUUGCUUUUAUUUAUAAAGUGAUCCUUCCUGCUGAUAGAAAGCAGUAUCUUCAAUCUCUCCGGGAAUGCCACGGCAAGUGCGUCACUGAGCUGCCUCUAGCGAUCCCCUAGCUUGUCCCAGCUAUGCCCAAAUGCUCCGUAGCGCACAUUCCACCUCCGCUGCUGCCCCGGCUUUUACCCUUCACAUGUUCUAUCCUCCUACCGCACGUGUGCAAAGCCCCGAGCUGAGCAGAGGAAAGUUACCGUGCAGAGAGGUGGGGGAAAAAAAGGCUUCGUUCAGCCCCCUCCGUGGCUGCAACAGCCUCGUCCAUCGUCGCGUGGUUGCCUUCCACUUCGCCUUCCCCCCUUCCCCCCCCAAGGAAACCCCGAUACGACGUGAAAACACAAAGGCAAAAAAUCUUUUUCGGGGUAAAGGAGGAGAUUUCUCGGUGAUGACAGCGUUUAGUUGGCGAUUUCGGUAGUGCGUUGCAGAGAAAGGAGGGUCUUGAACUGCUGAGCAGGCGGAAUUGGGAGAGGCAAUGAAAGGCACCUUUAGAACUUUAUGAAAUAGGAGUUUAAAAAGGGAAUUUUCUGUCCCGCUUCCACGCAAGCACUUCUGAACGACCUUCGCGGAAUUGGCUCCGCAGCCUCUUCUGCUGAGCCAUUGGCGGUAGUUCUGCUUUUCAGCUUUUUGAGGAGUUACACGAUGACUUCCGACUCUGAAACGGUCCUAAAAGUCCUCUUCUGGAGGCCAAUCCAGACCAGAGCUCUACAGCUCUCCUUUCUGCACUGCGACUCCUCCAAACUGACCCCUGGACCUGGUGAGGAGAACACGGACCCGCAGCCCACUCUGGAUCUCUUGCUCUUUUUUCCUUCUGGUGUGGAGUAACCGAGCUGCUGUUACCUCCCGGCUUUCUGUUCCUGCGUGGAAAAAAGCUUGCAUGGCACCUGCUCUGCCUCCGAACCACCCGAGCGGCGAUGGUUUGGUUUGUUGCUCUCCGCGGGGCUCUUUUCUUUGCAUGUAUCCUGCUUUCUUUCUCCCGUGCUGCCCAAAUUCCAAAGCCAGACCUACCGACAGCACUUGGACUGAAGCAGAGAAGAAGACGCGCGUGCUCGGAGAGGUGGAAGCCCUCACGAGGCUGAGUAACGCGGGAUUUGGGGUGGGAUAGAGCUCUAAGCAUAUAUAUAUAUGGGUUCCUGACCAUCUCGCAGGGCUGCUCCUCUUCCUCCGUGUGGCUGUCCUCUACCCCAGGUCACCCUGGCUCUGUAACCCCCUGUUCCUCUCAUCCCGUCGUCCUUCGGAUUUCCUUGUAAAUAGGAUUUUUUUUUUUGUAUUUUCUCUGAACGUUGCUAAUAAACCGUUGCAAAACUC